AUGAGCUCCCCCGGCACUGAGAGCGCGGGGAAGAGCCUGCAGUACCGAGUGGACCACCUACUGAGCGCCGUGGAGAGCGAGCUGCAGGCGGGCAGCGAGAAGGGCGACCCCACCGAGCGCGAGCUGCGCGUGGGCCUGGAGGAGAGCGAGCUGUGGCUGCGCUUCAAGGAGCUCACCAACGAGAUGAUCGUGACCAAGAACGGCAGGAGGAUGUUCCCAGUGCUGAAGGUGAACGUGUCUGGCCUGGACCCCAACGCCAUGUACUCCUUCCUGCUGGACUUCGUGGCGGCCGACAACCACCGCUGGAAGUACGUGAACGGGGAGUGGGUGCCAGGGGGCAAGCCCGAGCCGCAGGCGCCCAGCUGCGUCUACAUCCACCCAGACUCCCCCAACUUCGGGGCCCACUGGAUGAAGGCGCCGGUGUCCUUCAGCAAAGUCAAGCUCACCAACAAGCUCAAUGGAGGGGGCCAGAUCAUGCUGAACUCCUUACAUAAGUACGAGCCUCGAAUCCACAUCGUGAGGGUUGGGGGUCCACAGCGCAUGAUCACCAGCCACUGCUUCCCAGAGACCCAGUUCAUAGCGGUGACGGCUUAUCAGAAUGAGGAGAUCACAGCUCUCAAAAUUAAAUACAACCCAUUUGCAAAAGCUUUCCUUGAUGCAAAGGAAAGAAGUGACCACAAAGAUAUGAUGGAAGAGCCGGGAGACGGCCAGCAAUCCGGGUACUCCCAAUGGGGGUGGCUGAUCCCUGGAACCAGCACCCUGUGCCCACCUGCCACCCCCCACCCUCAGUUUGGAGGCCCCCUCUCGCUUCCCUCCACGCACGGCUGUGAGAGGUAUCCUGCCCUGCGGAACCACCGGCCGGCCCCCUACCCCAGCCCUUACGCGCAUCGCAGCAGUUCUCCAACUUACGCUGACAAUUCAUCUGCGUGUUUAUCCAUGCUGCAGUCCCAUGACAGCUGGUCCGGCCUUGGGACACCUGCCCACGCCAGCAUGUUUCCCAUGAGUCCCAGCACCGGCCCUGCCGCCAGCUCCAGCCAGUACCCCAGCCUGUGGUCCGUGAGCAAUGGCACCAUCACCGCAGGCGCCCAGACUUCAGGGAUGUCCAACGGGCUGGGAGCCCAGUUCUUCCGAGGCUCCCCCGCGCCCUCUGCGCCCCUCGCCCACCCCGUCUCGGCCUCCUCCUCCUCAGGGUCCCCGCUGUACGAAGGGGCCGCCCCGGCCACAGACAUUGCUGAUGGCCAGUACGAUGCCUCAGCCCAAGCCCGCCUCCUGGCCUCGUGGACGCCCGUGUCGCCUCCUUCCAUGUGAACCCGGCCGAUGAUGUGACAUCUUUGUGGUGGCAGCAAGCAUCGGUUUGACUGGCAGCUCACGGGGCAAGGGAUGGGAAUAAGGCCUAUUCAGCUUGCUUUAAAUAAGAGGGGGCUACAUGUUCUGUUAUUUAUCUGGAGUCCCACUGCCACCACCUUUGUCCAUCCUCAGCGGUGGCAGUGCCGCCCUGGGUCCUUUACGCGCUGCAGGUGAAUUCAAGUACAGAAGCAGUGCAGUUGGCCUAAUUCAUCUGGAUUCACAGUAAAAACUUACUUGCUAGUGUCUAGAAACUUUGUCUCGUACAGUGCAGGUGACUCUGGCACAUCAGAAUUUGUACACGCCACCGGUCCUGCUCAAGUGAGAUAAAAACACACUCUUCAAUCUCCUCCUUGUUGCUUUCAAGUAGAUGCCGGGGCCCUUGUGGGCAGGAGUCAGGGCGGAGGCUGAGUUGUGAUCAGGGCAGCAGGUGGCAGUGAAAUGGAUUCGGGCUGGCCCUGCCCACUCGCAUGUGUUUACUUUAAGCAUAGGUAGCUUAUGUCUUGUAUCGUUAAACCUACAACUGUUUAUUUUUCUUUUGACAAAGUA